GACGGAUAGAGUUCAAGAAGUGAGAUGUUUUAAGCCAAGCUAUUUUCACUUAUACACAACACUUGAGCUACACACUUUCAUUCAGCUAAGCUCUUUCAUUAUGUGUCCUCUGCAACUGAUCAUCUCUAUCUUUCUACUUCUCCCACCACAACUACUCUCGGCCGCUCUACAUGCCGAACCGGGAUGCCAGGACCGGUGCGGGGAUUUACUCAUUCCAUAUCAAUUUGGAGUCGGGCCAAAUUGCAGCCACAGCCCACAUUUUGACAUCAACUGCGAUUCUUCUACUGACCCUCCAAAAGCUUACCUCUCUAUAUUGAAAAAAGAAGUGAUUGAAUUCAAUGAAACUUACAUUUGCCUCAGAAACCCCUACAUGAUUUCAACUUGUUAUGAUGAUCUGUCAACGGAAGAUAAACAUAGUAUGUCUGUGAACUUUUCGGGAACUCCCUAUAUGCUUUCGAGUGGAAACGUGCUCACUGUUAUCGGGUGUGAUGAUAUUGUGCUGCAAUCCAACAGAAGUGUCGUCAUUGGCGGCUGCUCGGCGUUUUGUGCUGACAAGAGUCAUACCGGCUUCGGAGAUUGCCACUUCAAUGGUUGUUGCCAUCAAGAACUCGACGGAAGGGAAGGUUUCUUGGAAGCAAAACUGAUUGACUUGAGCGGAAGAUUUCAACGUAAAAAACUUUUCCCAUGCAGCUAUGCCUUUAUCCAGGAGAGGGCAAAGAGGAAUGAAACCGUAUUUUCAUAUCCUUUGUACUAUCUGAAUAACUCAACGGCAUUGUUAAAUGAUGAUUGGGCGUCUGCAAUAAGGCCACUGAUAGUGCGCUUGGACUGACUCGUUGAGGCUGAAAACUGCAGUCAAGCUAGGAAUUCCAACACUUACGCAUGCCUAGACGAAAGGAGUGUUUGUGCUGAAUAUAUUCCCUAUAACGAUGACGAUUUUGCAGGAUACACAUGUAGCUGCGUGCAAGGCUUUGAGGGAAAUCCUUACUUACAUGGAGGAUGCCAAAGUUGUUGUUUUUUUUCAAGUUUCCAUUCGACCAUAUGAAAUUCAACACAUUAAAUUUAGUUAAUUUCCCGGUUCCUAUUUCUA